AUGGUUUAUUGGAAAUGUGAAGGCCGUUCCUGUUCUGGGCAUGCUAUACAAUAUGGAUCGAAUCCACCAAUUCAAGAUAUUGAGCAUAUUGAGGUAUUUUACGAUUAUGUAACAAGUACGUGGGUGGAUAAUGAUGCGUUAUUCGAUUUAUCACUGUGGAAUUGUUUUGAUUUUAAAAGUUCAAGAACAAAUAAUAGUUUAGAAGGUUGGCAUCAUCGUUUAAAUACGGAUUUAAAUUAUAUCAUACAUCCACAUUUUUGUAUGUAUAGUCGUGCUAUUCAAAACGAUUAUGCAUAUAAUUCAGCAAUAUCAUCACGUCAUACAGUCACUGGUACAAUACCACCAAGAAAAAAGUUUUGUGAAUCGAAAUGCACGAUUACACGAUUUAGAAAAUCGUUAUAA